AGACGGGAAGAAAACGACAAUUGGAUUAUCCGGUGUCCCCCGACGGCUCUUUUCCACCCUAUUCCAACAAACACACACACACACACACCCAGUUCUCCACACAUAUCAUCAUCAUCAUCAUCAUCAUCAUCACCCCGAAACUAGUGUUUUACUAAAAAAAUGAGCCAUUGUGCGGCUUGCUCUGGCGCCAGGCUUCAGGCCCAGACUGUGCUUAGGGUGGACCCGGAGUCUGAGUAUUUUGAGUGUGAAGCUUCUGCGAUGGAAGGUGGCUCAGGAUGGACAGAAUCAUUGGAGAAAGACUUCGACAAAGCAUUCGUCUCACUGGAUCUCCUGCUAGGAGAAGUCGACUCGGACCAGAUCACCUACGAGGGCCGGCAGAAGAUGACGUCAUUGAGCGCCUGCUUUGCACAAAUGAUGCACAAGUGUCAGUUCAUGAUGCACACAAUUAGUAAACAGGAGAAGGAAAUGAUAACAAUGCGCGCCGAGGUCGUGGAAGCCCGCGCCGCUCGACAGAGCAUGGAGAAGGAAGUGGAGCAGUUGAUGAUCCAAGUUCACUCAUUACAAUGCCAACUGCAUUCCAAGACGGCGCCGCAUGAGUCAGACAUGAUUAAGAAGAAGCUGGAGACCCAGCUGACACAGUUUCGAUCAGAGCUUACACAGGGUUUGAGCACGGUUUGUGAGCUGGAAAUUGCAAGAAAGGAGUGUGAUCGGUCAAAACGGACGAUUCAGGCCUUGGAGACUGAGGUCUUCGGGGCCAGGCUGGCGGCAAAGUACCUGGAUAAGGAACUCGCAGGCCGGAUACAACAAAUCCAGCUCCUGGGACGAAACAUGCGCGGCGUGGAGCACGACAGGCUCUGGAACCAGCUGGAAGCCGAAAUUCACCUCCACAGGCACAAGACAGUGAUCCGGGCUUGCAGAGGACGGGGUAACACGAAGGGAUUAACGGCGCCACUUCGUCACAACUUCAAGAGCCUCCGAAAACGAAAUGGAGUGGGAAAGAGCAGGAAAGUGGUGCUCUCGAAACACCCGCACGAAGGGCUCGGCAUUUCUAUUACGGGAGGAUCCGAACACGCUCUACCCAUAGUGAUAUCUGAAAUCCAGCCGGGACAGCCUGCUGACCGAUGUGGACAGGUCUUUGUGGGCGACGCGAUUCUCUCAGUAAACGGCUACGAUCUUCGGACUGUCAAGCAUCAGGAGGCAGUGGAUAUUUUGAGUGGGCAGGUACAGCAAGGCGACCUAGACCUGGAGCUCGUCUUUGUGUGCCCCGAUGAGGAUAGUGAUGAUGAUGGGACGGUGACGAUCGAGCACAGCGAUGGAUCUAUCUACAACCUCUACAGUAUGGAAGAGCCCACGUCAAGCCGAUCGUCCAACAAUUCUGAUGAAUCACGCAGCACGUGACCUCCAAAAUGUGGAAUUUUUUGACGGGUUUUAUUUAAUUUUUUUUUCAAAAAAAAAACUUUUUUUUGUAUAUUUUCCCGUGACUUUCCUCCUCCCCCUAAUUGCCACGUCAUUUCCUCCAACUCAUUGGAUUUUUUUUUGGCUUUUUCCAACUUUUUGCAUAAAAAUCUUUUAUUGUUUGAGUUUAUCGAUUU